AUGUCUGUUAUUAGUGAUGGGGAGAAUCUGGGUAUAAUGAGAGCUGAUAGAGUGAGAUUCAUGACUGUGGAUGGAGCGUCCAGAGUCCUGGACCUCAUUCAGAUGAACUCCAGCCUGACUGCAUUAAAUAUCCAUAGAAGGUUUGAGAGUGAAGACAGUGAUUCAGAAGGACUGAAUGGUAUUCGGUCUCAGUCUGCAGGACAGAUGUCAGAUGGCAUGUCCUCACCUCUCAGUGACUGCAGCGAUGAAAUCAAAUCUCAGGAUGUGGAGGAGAUUAUCAGGGAAGUACAGUGCACCGGCUCCUGUCCCAGUACAAAGUCGCUGUUCUCAAGCAUAGAGCUCACCCUGUCUGAAAACUCAGAUAAAACUAGCAGUUACUGGAAAAACUUCCUACAAGCAUAUAUCCUGUGCAAAGGGAUCUCUGUAAGACGUCCUACAUUUGAGGAGAGUGUGGACGCUUUGCAUUCUCUGUCUGGUCUGAACAAGGUGCAAUUGACAAUGGACAGCUUGACUGAGAACUUGGCUCCAAAGAUCCUCUCCCUGUGUCACACAUGUCCCAGUCUCCAUAACAUCUGGUAUGAUAAACUAAAGAGACCAGAGAGACUAAAACCACAUCACCAGAAUCAGACUCUCUGUAAGUUUAUCCCUAAACUGUCCUGCAUGCCCGUAGCCAGCUAUGAGGUCACCGAGGUCCGGACCUCAGCGGGCUUUAUAUGUUCACAGAAGCUGCAUAGCUCGAAUUUCAACGCGACGCUUCAGUUAGCGGCUAUAAAGUGCGGGAUAAGAUGUGUCACUGGGCAUUUCCCAAACACCCAAAACGAGAGAACACAGACCUUAGAAAGAUCAAUACUUCUCAAAUAUAAGGAGCUGAUACGCAAUGAGUACCAGUAUGUGACAGAGUAUAACUCUCUGCCUGGUGAGCAUGUGCUGCUGUCUGAUCGCUACAUACAACCUCUGAUUAUUCUGAAACCGAGAGAUCAGAAGGAGCUAGAAGAAGAGAUCUCCUCCAGAGGAGAGACUUUCCAGCAGGUCCGCGGUUCCAGAAGCUCUCAAGAAUCCAUCAGUCUGGACACUCUGUUCAACCCAAAUAGCCGAGGAAUCAGUCCUGGUGCUGUUAUAUUACAGGGAAACUCCGGGAACGGAAAAUCCUUCACUGCCCAGAAAAUUGUAAUGGACUGGGCAUGUGAUCUCUACAGAACCAAAUUUGAUGUUGUUUUCCAUGUAAAGUGUAAGGAAAUUAGCCACAUUUCUAGUGAAAUUAGUUUAGUGGAGCUCCUGAGCUACAAUAGCUUUUUAACAUCAGAUGAGAUAUCCACAAUACUGCAGCGGUCACCAGAGCGAGUGCUCUUCCUCGUCGAUGGAUUCGAUGAACUUAAAUACACAGAAGACUUUUAUCGCAUGUUGCCACCCACAAAUCAGUAUCAGAAAGCCCCUCCUGAGGUCACUCUCUGCGCCCUGUUAAGGGGACGCAUCCUGCGAGAGUCAUGCCUUCUUGUCACCACCAGAUCUACAGCUAUUGACAUCCUGAAGAACGUUCUGAAGGAACCACACAGUUUUACUGAGAUUAUUGGCUUCUCUGAGAAGGGGGUGGAGGAGUACUUCAAAAAGUUCUUCCAGAAUGACAGACUAUUCAGGAAAGGGUAUGAGUAUGUGAGAUCAAAUGAAACUCUCCUCACGGCCUGCUCCAUCCCUGUCAUCUGCUGGAUCAUCUGCACAGUUAUCCGAGAGAGGCUUAAUGAUGGUGCAGAUGUUACAAGUGGACUGGAGACGACCACGUCCAUAUAUGUUGACUUUCUGUGCACUCUACUAGAGCAUCACAGCCGGGGUUCAGGUCAAUCCGUUCCCACCCUGGUGAAGAGUCUGGGUCAGCUGGCAGAGAAAGGGAUACUGGCACAGCAAGUCCUGUUUGAUGAGAAGACCGUGUAUGAAAUGGUUUCCGACCCUGCUGGAAGUCCAUUCUUGUGCAAGUUCCUUUUUAAGAAAAGAAUCCAUCAGGAGACAAUGUUCAGUUUCAUACAUCUCAGCUUUCAGGAGUUCUUCACUGCUCUGUACUAUCUCCUAAUGGAUGAAUAUGAGUCAAAAAAGAAACUCAUGCAAAUGUUUUCCAUUCAUGAGUCAAAUAUCAAUACAGAGUAUUCAGCACCACGUUUUGCAGCUGUAGUGCACUUUAUUUUUGGUCUGUUGAAUGAGGACGUAAGACGCACACUUUGGAAAAGGCAUGGUUUGUUCGUUCAUUCAAACAUACAAGACCAUCUGAAGGAAUGGAUCUUUGAAGAGAUGUCUCAUUCUUGUUCUGAGAGGAUUCUGUUUUUAUUCCACUGUCUGUAUGAGCUCCAUGAAGAAGACGUUGUGAAAGAAGUUACAGAAGCCUGUCCAAGAGUUUUUUUACACGAUGCAUUCAUAAGAAAAACAGACUGUUGGUCCAUGGUGUACUGCGCUCAGUGCUGCCAAUGUAUUAAAGGCCUGUUUAUCCUUUGCUGUAACUUUACAUCCGAAGAGCUGGUUAUCAUUCAACCUGUACUCCACAAAUUUCUCUCAAUAAAGUUUCAUGCACAUGAAUUGUCAGAUUCUGAUUUGGGAGGCAUGAUGAACGUUUUAAUGAGAGAACAGACCCUGAGCUCACAGAGUGUGGAACUCAUUUAUUGGGAGUAUGUUGUUCAAACCUUUUAUCUGGAAAUCUGUGAAGAACUGUCCAGGUGA